AUGGCUCCUAAAAAAUCUAAAAAGACAUCUGACAAUAUCAAUGCUCGUUUGGGUAUGGUCAUGAAAUCCGGAAAAUAUUGUCUUGGAUAUAAACAAACUCUUAAGAGUUUACGUUCCGGUAAAGCUAAAUUGGUUAUUUUGGCUAAUAACACUCCAUCUAUCAGAAAAUCUGAGAUUGAAUAUUAUGCUAUGCUUUCAAAGACUGGAGUUCAUGAGUAUAACGGAAAUAACAUUGAAUUAGGUACAGCUUGCGGUAAAUAUUUCCGUGUUUGUACUCUUGCUGUUAUUGACCAAGGAGAUUCAGAUAUCAUUCGCAGCAUGCCUACUGAACAACAAUAA